AUAAAAUCCUGCGCAAAAUUACCUCACACACUUAUGUAGCAACUCUGAACACCCAAUUCCAACAUCGAACUAUCUGCCAUGUAACACCCCCUUUAUUAAUGCGUUUUGACUUACCUGCCUCUCUCUUGCAGGUCCCAUAGCCUGAUGACGGGCAGGUAGCAACCACUCCAACAUGAAGUUCUUCCUCUCUCUCGGCCUUCUGUUCUUCUGCCAAGCUGGAUGGGUGUUUGGCAGCAAUCCUCCUCGACUGAAUGUUACAGAGAGUGUCGUUAUAGACACGCGUAGUGAAUCCUUUUUGAGCUUGAGAUGUGAGGGAACCGAGACACUAAACUGGAACUGGACAACUGGGCUUCCUGCCGAUCAUGAAAUAUUGAAAAUUGAACAUACCAUGCAUCUCAGUUCUGAUUAUCCCUACGUUUCAACAUUCACGAUAUUGCAACCAGACAUCGUAGAUACAGGAUAUUACUACUGCUUCUACAACAGUUCUGUAAAUCCAGCUACUGAUUUUGUAAAUGCUACAAGGACAUACGUUUAUGUUCAUGAUGGUCAAACGGGACUCAUACAAUCAAAUGGUUUUGAACACAUAGCGGUAACAACAUCAGAAAAAAUGAUUCUUGAUUGUCGAACUACAUUGCCAGACAUUGAAGUCAAGCUCUUUAAGAAUGAUGAAGAGAUAACUUCCGAAGUUCUGUGGGAUUCACGUGUAGGUUUCAUCCGCCGAAACUUGGUCAUUCAGGAUUCUGGUUCCUACCGUUGCCGUACAGAAUUUGAUGUGAUGGAUUACCUUGUUGAAAUUACUCCUGGAUCUGACACUGUUCCCAAGCCUGCUAUUGAUUGGGCUCCGAAUCAACCUUUUGUCAUUGGAUAUGACAUUUUUCUGAACUGUUCCCUCAUAUGGAAAGACAGAGUGGUGUUCAGAUGGGAUCUUCCUAAUCCACUUGCAAACUACAGCCAAAGGCGAUCUCAACUAAUUCGCUCAAACAGUACCUAUGAAGUCAGUACCCUCCACGUGAAGAACGUUUCUAAAGAGGAUAGUGGAGAAUACAAAUGCAAAGUGACAGCAAAAGGUUCAGAACCAAAUGAAGAAAAAAAGUUGAUAGUCAUCAAAGAGACACAGACUCCAUACAUCAAUCUCUCCAGCGUGCCAGAAGUCAAGCUAGAUGAGGGUGAUACGCUGAGGUGGAAAACUGAAGUUUAUGCAUUUCCCGCAAAUCCACAGAUUUUAUACCGAAACUGGAGAGGGAAGGAAGUCGUCGAAACAGAUAGGGUCACUACUGAGCAUAGAAUGAAUGAUGCUGAAUCAUGGCUGAGAAUCAAAAAUGCUUCUGUGAUAGACUUUGGGCAGUAUACUAUAGAGGUGUCAUCCAGUGAUGAGACUGAAAGAAAAAGCAAGUCCGUUUUUGUCUAUAUUAGGAGCAAACCCCAUGUCACACUCUAUGGCAUACCAGCAAAUAUAGAUCGAGACGAGAUCAUAAAUGCAUCAUGCAUCUCGAGAAGCUAUCCUUUGCCUGAAGUAGAUUGGAUGUUCCAGCCAUGUCCUAAUGGACCCCAAAACUGUGGGGCUUCAUUUGAAAAAGUGGAGGUACGGGAUCCUGUAGUAUUGGAGCCUGAUCCUGGAAAUAUCAAGCUUGUAAAAGCCCCUUUUUCUUUUAAUUCAUCUGGACUUCUCAAAUGCAUUGCCACCAAUGAAUUUGGAAAUGGGGCUGCAAUCCAGGCAGUUAUCAUUAGUGAUAUUGAUGGGAAUUUUGUCUUCAGACAUAUUGGCAGAAAUGUAACCACAGAGCUUACUAGACGUCGCCAACAGUUAGAGAUCACUGAGAAUGAUGAUUUUUACCUGGAGUGUGGAGCAGUUAGGUUUAGCUAUAAGAGAGUCAGCCUUGAAAGUCCAGAGUUGUCAGUAAAGGAGAAAGUUUCAAAUUACACCCUGGUCAAAUAUGUAGAGGCAAACAAAGUAGCAAUGAGCUCUGAGGUUACAUAUCGGUGCUCGGCUGAACCGCAUGCGACAGUUGAUCAAGAAGUCCGAGAAGUUACUUUCAAAGUUUUCAAAGAGCAGAGGGUAACCUUCACAAAGGAUGCCAAUGUGAAGCCUGAAGGUUUCGAUUUGCAAAUCGAGGAAAACGAACCCUUCACACUGAACUGUACCGUAACUGGAAUGCCGAGCCCUGUUGUGAAGUGGUUCAAGGAUGGCUACCCUCUGACACAAGACAGCAAAUUCUUUGAUGAGACAACCUUUUUCGGCAAUAAGCAGCAGAGCAUUGAAUUCUCCUACAUCUUUGAGCAGAAGCAUGUAGGCACCUAUACCUGUCGAGCAGAAAACAGGCUUGGUGUUCUGGAAGGGAGUUUAACAAUCACUGUCCCAGCACCGGGACUUAGUGCUGGAACAAAAAUUGGCCUGGCAUUUGCCUUCAUAGGAAUAUUGAUCCUGAUAGUCGUUGUAGUUGUGCUCAUGAGAAGGGUCAAGGAAGAGAGAAAGUUCCGAAAAUCAUUCAGAAAGAACGAGCUGUACCUUUUUGAGAAAGGCAACAUUGGCCAGUUGAAUCCUGAUUGCACGGCAGAUGAGCAAGCUGAGUUAUUGCCUUAUAGCCCAGAGUGGGAGAUCCAACGGGAUGACAUAUCUUUAGGAAGGCAGCUGGGUACAGGAGCCUUCGGAAGAGUGAUCAAAGCAACCGUCACGGGCCUCUUUGAUGAUGAACCAAAGACCACAGUCGCUUUGAAGAUGUGCAAGAGUCAGUCAGAUCAGUCACAUGUCCAAGCACUUACAAGGGAACUGAAGGUCAUGAUUCACCUUGGCAAACAUUUGAAUAUUGUCAAUCUUAUGGGAGCCAAUACAAUCAACAUUGGCAAGGGUGAACUGUGGAUCCUGGUGGAAUACUGUCGCUAUGGCAACCUCCUGUCGUUCAUGCAUCGUCAUCGGAAGAACUUUGUCAACCAGAUAAACCCAGUGACUGGAAAGAUCGAUUCAAUGAAGACUGUGCAAGAAGCAUCCACACCUCUCUCACCUGUAUCACAAGGAACAAGGUAUGGCUACCAACCCACUCCAGUCACAGACAUGGAUGGCUACUUAGCACCAACGCCCAAAAAGUUCAACUUAGCAUCUGUUCCUAGAGGUCACUACAAUCCAUCCUCACCCCCACAGUCUCCAACCUCAGGCACAGACUCUUCAGAUGGGAGUUCGAGGCCUGAAGGACUACCUGAACAAUAUGUGGAUAACCCUGGAUAUAAUAAAGGCUUCAGUCGUUCAGUAAGCGAGUCUCAACAUGGGGAAAUGCAUCCAGCUUUUGGUGUGACAUCGAGCAACACCUCUGGAGGAUCUCGUAUAUCAGACGCUAGGAAUUCCAAAGGCUCACACACGCCCUCUGACCAAAGAUCCGUUGGAUACUACCGAGAGAAGCAUCAAAUUGUCAAUACAGAUAUGACGUUGCUACACUCAUCAGCUUCACCUAUGUCUCCUAUGUCUAACUUCCCCCUCUCUCCGACUGAUUCUAACCAUGUAAGUGACCUUGGAGUAGAUUCACAAGGUAACCCAUUCACCUUUGACACUGGCCUCAUUCCUGGGAUAACAGCACCAUUUACCACAAGUGAUCUGGUGUCUUGGAGUUGGCAGGUUGCGCAAGGCAUGGAAUACCUCUCACGUAGAAAGGUUUUGCAUGGAGAUCUCGCAGCACGUAAUCUCCUGUUAGCAGACAACAAUGUGGUCAAGAUCAGUGACUUCGGGUUAUCACGUGAUAUGUACAAAAAAGAUAUCUACAUGAAGAAGGGAGAUGAUUUGAUGCCUAUCAAAUGGAUGUCAAUAGAAGCCAUUCGUGACCGCAUCUUCAGUGUGCAGAGUGACGUGUGGGCAUAUGGAGUCACACUGUGGGAACUGUUCACUCUUGGUUCAACUCCUUAUCCAGGUGUAGAGGUGAACAAGGACUUCUUGACCUUCCUUGAGAAUGGAAAUCGAAUGGACAGGCCAAAAUAUGCAAACCAAGAAAUAUACAGACUCCUUCUUGAAUGCUGGAGUGUGGAGCCUCUGGAUCGUCCAACCUUCAGCAUGUGUGCAGAUAGAUUAGGAAUACUCAUGUUACCUGAUCUAAGAGAGCAAUACAUGACAAUGAAUGACCCAUACGUGCUCAUGAAUGAGGAGCGCUUCCAAAAGGAGACAGAUUACCUCAAUAUGCUAUCCAGUCCAGACUUCGAGAACCUGAACCGUAAGGAUGAACUCCAACAACACUACGUCAACGUGCCGGGAGUUGUUGAUGGCAACAGAGAAAGCAACUAUCUCAGUAUGAAGUCGCCAGAUACCGUAGGCUACUCCCGAGUAGGCUUAAACCAUUCCUCUGUGUCUGAGGGACAGAAUCCAUCGUCCAACUCACACUACUUGCCUAUGAGUACCACCAGAGGAUCAGAUAGCCCCAUGGUAGAUGUGUUCAGCCCACGCCCUGCUGAGGACUCCAGAUUCAGCUUUUACCCUGAGGGGUCGGAAGAGCCAGCACUCUGCAACCCAUCUGACGAGGAGUCCAAAGAGCAAGAGACAGAAAAUUCAUCACUCAUAGGAGAGGGGUCCCAGCAUGGCUCGAAAGACAGUCUUAGAGGUUCUGACAAGGAUAAAACCUCCAUAAAAAAUUUGGAAAGUAAUUCUGCGAGAAACUCGCCGGACGAUCACAGUGUGCCAUAUAUUAAUCUUGUGAGUCACGGAUGUGAUUAUGUGAACGUUUAAGGUGAUCAGACAUACUGGUGCUUCAAUUUGUGAAGAGUGUGUGUGUGUGACUCUGCCUUGUGGUACAAAAUGUUACUCUCAAAUCAUUCCAGUCUGUUAUGAUUUUCCAGUGAAAUUUGGAAUUAUGGAACAGAUUUGUGUAUUGCUUCAGGAAAUCGCACUUUUAUGAGAACAUGAUAUUUGUGAUAUAUGAAGUGUGUAAUGAGAUGCAAUGGUGCUUUGCUUUCCACUGUCAAUUGAGUGUUGGUCGUAAAAGUUUUAUGAAAUAUAAAGACUUGAUUAUGCAUACUUAAACAAAUAAAUGUACCUGUAA